AGAGGAGCUCCCGAUUGCCCAGGCGCGCACUCCCGAGCGGCCCGGCGCUCACCAUGCGGGCCCUCCUCCUGUUAUGGGGCUGCCUCGUGCUCCCAGGUUACGGAUCGGUGGUGGACCCGAAGGAGAUCAGUGGCUUUGAAGGUGACACUGUGUCCCUGCAAUGCACCUACGGGGAGGAGCUAAAGAAGAACCUGAAAUACUGGUGCCGCGAGGCCGGGAUCUUCAUCUCCCGCUGCACUGAGACUGUCUUCUCUGGAGGAUACGGCCAGGAAGGAAGGGUGUCGGUCCACGACAACCCAUGGGAGAAUAGGUUCACGGUUAUCCUGAGGAACCUCACCCUGAAGGACAUGGGGAAGUACUGGUGUGGGGUCAAAAGACUGGGCUUCGAUAAGACUAUCUCAGUCUCUCUGCUUGUCUUUCCAGGGACCUCUCUCCACCCAGCAACCUCUCCGUUCACAGGGACCUCUCUCCACCCAGCAGCUUCUCCAUUUGCAAAGAUCUCUCCUCACCCAGCCACCUCUCCGUAUGCAGGAGCCUCUCUUCACCCAGCAACCUCUCCAUAUGCAAGGACCUCUCCUCACCCAGCAACCUCUCCUCCUGCAGGGAUCUCCCAGCCAGUCACACAAUUGGACUCUACCUCAACAAAGGACCCCAGUUUUGUCCCCAGCAGCAGCUCCAAGUCCAGGGUGUCCAUCCCACUGAUCCGGAUCUUGGCCCCGGUCCUGGUGCUGCUAGCCCUUCUGCUGGCCACAGGCCUGGCCGCCCUCGGCAGCUUCGUGUUUCAGUGGAGAGAAAAAGCUCAGCUGGCCUUGGAGACACAGAAGAAGGACAAGGUCCAUCUCUCCCACUUGACUUCAGAGGACGACAAAGCCUCUUGGCGGGACCCUGAGGGAGACAUGACCCGAGCCUCUACCCUCCCUAUGUCUGGGGACGAGCCAGGCUUUUCAAAGUUCAGCUCAGUCUAGCCACCGAACACCCUCCUUGAAUCUCUGGAAGAGCUGAACCUGCACUAACUUGGACAAGCUUUCUGCUAUGACUUCAGAAACCUCCUGCCAGAGUCCAGGUCUCUCCCCCACCCUCCCCAAGCUUUCCUCCUGCCCAUCUCAGCUGACCCUGAAGGCUUCAUUAGCCCUGGAGCCUGAUGCGGUGGCCUCACAGUUCCAGCUGGAGACUGGGACUUCCCCAAGAUGGUCACAUCCUUGGGCAAAGCACACAGUCACUGGACCUUCAAGGGGUCAGGCGGGGCUCAGGGGAUCUGGUCGAAGUUUGUAUCUGCUAUGGGGGGUCCCCUGGGCCUGGGUGCCCAGUCACAGGCCCCUCCUAACUCCCCUUCCAGACCCCACCUUCUCCUCCUUUCUUCCAUCCUCAGACUCAGGGCUGAGUUCUCCCACAUAAGCUGGUGAGGAGGAGGGAGCCUGCAGGGUUAGCCUGGAACCUGAUUUCUCAAAGCCAAUUGUGAACCACCUGCAUUCCAGUCCUUCAGGAAGCUGGUUAAAAAGAUGAUUCUGGGGCCCCAUCAAGAGCUGCCCAAACCAGAAUUUCACUGGUGGCCCAGUAAUUAGGACUCCAUGCUUCCACUGCAAGGGGCACUGGCAUGGUACAGCCGAAAAAAAGAAGGAAAUAAACUACCAAAACCGUCUCUGAGGCUGGGCCUGGGACUAUGCAUUUCUUCCAAGUGCACUGGUGAUUCUAACACUGGUGUUUGAGUACCAGUGGGCUGGUUGAGCUCAUAGGUCCCUCCAGCUUAGAGAGUCGACGCUUGGUGUGUGGAGUCUCCCCCUACCCCCUAUAGGGCCUGCUCUGCCCACCACACCAUGGCCCAGCCGGGGGCUUUCCUGGACCUGCCUGAGUCCAGGCUCAGGUCAAGUGCACAUCAGAAAGGCCAAGCCCAAGACUGGCCAGAGUGGUUGUCUAUCUGAUCUUGAGGUAGAAGAUAGAUGGGCUCCAGGCUAGGCAUUUACAACUGGCCUCCUCCUAUUUAGAUUUUUUGGGGGCGAGAAAAAAAUGGGCUUCAGGCCAGACACUUUCAACUAGCCUCCUGUUUGCAUUUCCUGAGACAGGAGAGAGGUGGGCUCCAGGUUAGGCAUUUAUAGUUAGCCUCCUGUUUGCUCUCCGAAAUGGAAGUAACAAUAGAAACGGGGUAAAUAACCAGGAUUUGUCUCAUGUGGACACUUCAAGAUAGCAGUCUUGGCAAGAACAAAGAGGAACUAAACCUUGUUGGAGCAAAAGAUCAAGAGAUCCCAUAUUCCCCCUUCUUUAACCUCAGAUAUGCAGAUGACACCACCCUUAUGACAGAAAGCAAAGAACUAAAGAGCCUCUUGAUGAAAGUG